AUGCAGCUCUAUCAUGUGGACCUCUCAUUAAUUGAAUAUGAACACAAAUUCUGUCUCUUCCAGUUCUGUCUCUUCCAGUUCUGUCUCUUCCAGUUCUGUCUCUUCCAGUUCUGUCCCGUCCAGUUCUGUCUUCUCCAGUUCUGUCCCUUUCAGUUCUGUCUCUUCCAGUUCUGUCUCUUCCAGUUCUGUCUCUUUCAGUUCUGUCUCCUCCAGUUCUGUCUCUUCCAGUUCUGUCCCUUCCAGUUCUGUCUCUUCCAGUUCUGUCUCUUCCAGUUCUGUCCCUUCCAGUUCUGUCUCUUCCAGUUCUGUCUCUUCCAGUUUUGUCCCUUCCAGUUCUGUCUCUUCCAGUUCUGUUUCUUCCAGUUCUGUAUCUUCCAGUUCUGUCUCCUCCAGUUCUGUCCCUUCCAGUUCUGUCUCUUUCAGUUCUGUCUCUUCCAGUUUUGUCUCCUCCAGUUCUGUCUCUUCCAGUUCUGUCUCUUCCAGUUUUGUCCCUUCCAGUUCUGUCUCUUCCAGUUCUGUUUCUUCCAGUUCUGUCUCUUCCAGUUCUGUCCCUUCCACAACAAAACAUAA